UGCAUCCCUCGACUCGUGCGGCAUAGUUUCUGUUCACUGUACUGUACCAUCUUGAUAAUGGCUCCCACCUAAGACUACUCUACGUAAGUCAUCCGUUCACGCACGACCCACCAUGCCGCCUCCGUUCCCGUCGUCUCGGGGUCGCAUGACCGCGAAUCCGCAGAGACCACAACGCUAUCGACCGGGAAAACCAAUUGCCGAAGAGCCGUCUUCAGAAGAAGAAGAGGAUGAAGAAGAGGAAAUCAAUGAGGAAGUAGAACGGCGACGAGAGCGGGAGAGGCUACGAAGGGAACAGCGGAGAGCGCCUCCGCCGAAGGCGACAUCCUUCCCGGCAGGCGCCACGUCGAAAAUCACCAGCGGAGUUCAAGGCGUGAAGCUAGAAGAGGAAAGCGAGGAUGAGGCAGGCUUCGUCACCGAUGAGGAGGAAGAUGGGGAAGAUGUGAAGGUGGCCGGUCGUGGGGCGCGUGCAGAAGGGGAUCAAGCUAGUGGGAGUGGGGAGGAGGAAAGUGAAGAGGAGAGUGAAGAGGAGGAGGAAGAAGAGGAAUCAAGCUCGGAAGACGAAGCCCCUAGGCGGGUAUUACUUCGGCCUACCUUUAUCAAAAAGAGUCAGCGGAAGGAAUCGUCAACUCCAGCUCCGGGUUCCUCCACUGCAGAUCCGACUGCAGAAAACGAAGCGGAAAGCGCUCGAAGACAGGAGAAAGCCGACCUUUUGAUUCGGGACCAACUGGAGAAAGAGGCUGCAGAGCGCGCGGCGGGGAAGAAAUCGUGGGACGACGAUGAGAACGUUGAAGGCGAGAACGAAGAGCAAAUAGACGAUACUGAUGGGCUAGACCCGGCUGCUGAGCUUGCCGCGUGGAAACUGCGAGAGUUGAAGCGUGUCAAGCGUGAGCGUGAAGUCAUCGAGCAGGUAGAGAAGGAGCGCGAGGAGAUCGAGCGUCGUCGAAACCUCACCGCUGAAGAACGAGAGCGUGAGGACCGCGAGUUCCUGUCGCAACAAAAGGAAGAGCGCGAAGCCGGAAGGGGGAAAGCUGGAUUUAUGCAACGAUAUUUUCACAAGGGGGCAUUCUUUCAGGAAGACCUGGAGGCUACAGGGCUGGAUCGUCGCGAUCUCAUGGGAAGCCGAUUUAUGGAUGAGGUUAAGAAUCGUGAAGCGUUGCCGCAAUACCUACAAGUCAGAGAUGUAACCAAGAUUGGUCGAAAGGGCAGGACGAAGUAUCGAGAUUUGAGAACAGAAGACACAGGGCGCUGGGGAGUGGAUGGAUACAACCGCUCAGUAGCAUCGAACAACGCCGCACGGUUUGGGAUCACCGAUGAUAGAUUCCUGCCCGACCAGCGCGAUGGGGAUAGGGAUAAGCCAUCCGGUCCUACGGGUGCUAAUUCCAGCGCCAUUAGAGAUCGACCACGACACCGGCAACGGUCACGGUCACGGUCACCGCCACGGCAACGGUCUGAAUCAAGAUCAAGGUCAAGAUCGAGGUCAAGAGUGCGAUCACGGCGGCGUUCCCCCUCACGAUCCAGGUCCCCGCCCAGAUCUCCACGACGCAGGGACCGCUACCGUGACGACGACAGGUACAGAAGAAAGCGAAGUCCGUCGCCUUACCAGGACCGAGAUAAACGGCGUCGGGUGGAUUCUGUUGCCUGAAACAUACAAUGCCUUUUUUAUGUAUUCCCCGUACAGGAAAUCAAGCUUGCAGGUUGUGAUUCACGGUAUAUGCAUUUUAACGGAGUUUGGUUCCUAUUGUAAUUUAGCAUCUUCGUGUCAUCUUUCACGGGGAAAUUGUUUGGAUCUGUAUUAUAUAGGGACAUGACAUGGCAAUCCUUUUUUAACUUUUUUGUUUUUUACCUUUCGCACGCCUUCCUUCUUCAAUCGAGAAAUGGAAAUAUUUGCACAUAUACCCUCCCCCCCCUGAACACUAUGAAACACAAAUUAAAUGGCUCGCGAACUACGAUUUCCAUCCAAAUCCAACUUGGUGAUAGUAUUUCCCUGUGGAAAUGUCUAUAUGUGGUACUACUGAACGUAAAUGCAGGACAACAUAUAUAUAGCUGUCACUGUCAGCCGAUAUCAGCAGUGGAUAUAUGUAUGUAGAUCCGUGAUUAUGCAGCUGGUGAAGUGGCAGAUUCCAGCCUUCUGCAACUGAUAAAAAGAGGCACCCGGGAUCAAGGCUUUCUACUAAUAUUAAAUAUUGUCUAAUGGCAUGAUGUUAGCCUAGUCAUAACAAUAAAUAUCAUAUUUCAUGGCGACUAUCAUGUGGGGUGGUGGUUUACCUGACCCGCAAGAUUGAAAUGCCGGGCCGG